GUAUCUUCCAUUGUACACAUUAGGACAAAAAGGACCUGGUAAAUGUUGGAUUCAUCGGAGAACCGAGAACCAUCCCCAUCGUGGUUCGUUAUCACCGCCUGUAAAAAUACUCAAAAUGACAACACCACUCGCCCUCAAUGGCUACAGAAACUAAUUGAUUUCAGAUCCCAGUCUCCCGGCCGCUCCCAACCACCGAUACAACCCAAGGUUCACCGCCGACGAAUCGAUGAGUCCCUGCCGUUUCUCCAUUUCUCUCGUCUGGUUUCUCUGCCUUCAUUCCGCUCUCGCCUUUACUCUCACGAGCAAUACCACCCACAUCCUUCAGGACGUAGUGGAGGACAUAGCCAAGAAGCUGAGCUGGGAUUGGGAGGGAAUUCAGGUUUCCGAAUUAGUAACUAGCAAAUUUCGAUUGGGUACAUCGCGAAGGUACGAGUUCCGGAUCCGAUUGGGGAAAAGUUACUUGCUUUUCAAGUUCCCUGACGACGAAGUGGAUUCUUGGAGUGCUAGUAAGUUCGAUAGACGAACAGCGGGUGGUGGUGAUGACGGUUUGAGGGGUUUGGUUAAGGAAUUUGGCUCAGUUCCCCUGCUGCGCACUUUGAAGCUCGAGGGUCCCUUUGUUUUGUCAGUCGCCGCCGGCGCCGGGCAUCUCUCCCUAUCAUUGCCGAUGAACACUUCAUACAGCGAUCUCAAACAUGUAGUUGUUGGCAAGGGAAUGACUGUAGAAGUCACAGGAGCACAAGAGGUCUCUCUUUUCCAUGGACUUGAUUUCGUUUUUGGUGGAAAUGAGAGCUUCAUUAAAAGAAGCAAGGAAAGGAAUAGCUUUCGCGACUUCUUCUAUUCCUUAUGCACACCAUUGGUCCCCAUACGCGUUCUUGGGUCUGCAUCACUGAGAGCCUACAAGACCAGGAACUCUGAAGACAUCAUCAACACAGUUUUCAUGUCCAGGAGCAUGAUUGAGUUACUACCAGAUAAGUGCUACAGUAGGAAUGCUCACACGAGAACGAAAAAGGCACACCCCUUUCAGCCUCUAGCCUCGAGAAUAGCAAAGCUGGAAAACAUAUUCAGCAUGUAUCUCGGCGAUAGAGUGCAGAAGGACGGGCUGUGGGGAUUCAUGAGAGCAACUGUUAAAGCAUCAUCCAUUAUCCGGUUUCAGUUGGAGCUGGAAAAGACUCCUGAAAAGAACAAGACUCGUCAAGUAGAGUGGAGGACUAGACCUUUGGUUGAACGACUUUGGUUCGAGGUAACUGCGAGGAUCGAAGACGAGAAGCUGAAGCCGAUUAUGGUGAAGAAGGUUAGACCUUUCGUUUCUGUGGACACUGCUUCAUGGAGCAAUUUAAUGUCGAAUCUUUCAUUCACGAAGUUCCCUUCUAUUCUUGUCCCUCCCGAGGCUUUGACGCUGGAUGUGAAAUGGUAGUAUGCAUUACUUGUAAAAUAGGUUAACUGAGCACCCCUCAUAUAUCAUAUAUAGUUGUCAUACAUAUGGUCUAUGAAAGCAAUGCUGUCAAAUGUGCCAUGUCACUUGUAUGCGUUAGCUUCUGUAACUACACAUUUCACCUGUUGCAUCUGUAGAUAGAUAGGCGUCAUUUUGGAUUGUGGUGGAUUGUCGAAAUGGGUAGAUUCUGAAGAAUACAUAGGUACAUAGAUG